GUUAGCAAGCUCGAAAUGGAGACGAAGUCCAAGAAGUGGAGGUCCUUUAGGGAAUUAUGCACAAAUCAAUUCCAAAAGAUUUGUGCCAUGAAAAGUCCUGAUUAUUUGAAAAGGGACUUUCUCAGUGACCUUCUGUGGCAGGUGAUUGAGAAAGUAGCAGAUGAACCAACCCUGCCCCUUGUCCGAGAAACCUUUGAGAACGCCCAAGGUAAGCUCUUAUGCCAAAUUAUGGCAGAAACUGGGACGUUAGAUUUGGACAUUCUGUCAGGAAUGUCAGAAGUGCUAAGCGAAAGAAUCUUUCAGAGCAUCGCCAGUGAUUCUUUCCACCUCGCAAGCGAAUUGCAUUUGUUUGCAAUUCUUUUCUAUCCAGAGUCAUACCCAAGGAUUGUGCAGGAAUUCAAGCAUCACCUGGAGAAUCCCAUUCCUCAAGAACCCACCAACACGAAGAAAUUUUUAUCAUCUGUAAGAACAAAGCUUAAAGACACUUUGUUUGAUGCAGAAGGCUUGUAUGCAGAAGAGAACUGCCUGAGUAAGGACGGUUUGAAGUCUACUUAUCCUAAUGGGAAAAGAUUGGUGGAAAACGACAGAGAGAUGGGAAUGAAACAUGGGACAGAUGAACGGAGAAAAAUGAUAAAUCUAGUUCUUUGGAAACUCAUUCGUAAGGCCAGUCACAGAUCUACCUCAAAUUAUAGCGAGAAAGACAUUAUCCCUGUCUACGAGAGGCUUUCUGGAGUUCUGUGGGAAGAACUGAAGGAUGUGGAUUUUAUCAUUUUCCCAGAGAUGGACAGAAAAAUUGGCUCAGACAUCUUCCAACUUCUAAGUGGAAACGAGGAUGUGGUAAGAGAUAGGCUUUUCCAUCUCAUGAAAAUGAACCACCCAAUUGUUGACUACAAACUUGUAGCUUGUUUCAAAAGAACCUUGACACAUCCCAGAAAGGUUCAUCUCCCAAAAAGCUAUAUGAGAAGAGCUCUGACAAGCACCUGUAAAGAUGUCAGCUCUGUUAUGUUCUGUCGUAAACAAGUUCAUCCAGGCCUGAGAAGCCGAACCAACUGUGAAAGCAAGGACAAAGGUGAAGCCCCUACAGAUGAGGUGCCUUGUGAUCUUGUUUUGGAAGAUCUUGAUUCAGUCAAUCCUGAAAACCAGAACACAAUUGAAUCUCCUGUAAGUUACAAUAGAAGCAGAGGCUUUGAGCAUUCCCCAAAGCCUCAAAACAUAGGUAUAACAACAGUGGAGUGUGAAAACCAAACACUCGUAGAAAGUGCCGUCUCUGAGACUGUGUGCAGAAUGUAUCCUGACCUUGCUUCAUCAAUGAGCAAGUGUCGUCCGAUUUUCAUACAAGUGCGUCCAUAUAAGCCUGUUUUGGAGGAUACUGAAGAAGAAACCCCCGAAAGUCAACAGAACACAAAACAAGAUGCUACAAAUGUGAACCUUGAUCUUGCUUUGGUAGACCUUGAAUCCGUCAACUCUGAAGGCCAGAACAUAAAUGAAGACUCUCUGUAUGUGAAUGAAGGUGAUCUUGUUUUGGAAGACCUGGAAUCACUUGACUCUGAAGGCCAGUACAGACAUGAAAACCCUAAAUAUGUGAAUGAAGGCGAUAUUGUUUUAGAAGACCUUGAAUAAGUCAACUCUGAAGGCCAGGACAGAAAGGAAGGUUCCGUAAAUGUGAACCUUACUGAUCUUGUUUUGGAAGAUGUGGAAUGAUGAGGACAGAGGAUCACUGAGACUCCUCUUCCCCUCUAUACCACCGUAAUCCUCUGAAGGUUUUAUUUUAGGACUAUAAUGUCCCUGUUAGCAAGGGAUGUUGUCUGAACGUUUGUUGCUAGCAAGGACCAAAAUUACAAACAGGAGUUCAAUUGAUUAAUCUAAAUUCGUCUUGCAAGAAUUAAUGGACUUUAAAAAAAAAGUAUGGCUGCAUAGUGGGGUCUUUCUGCAUUAAAUCUGCAUUUUGACCCCUGUGCAUGCGUGGGUUCCCUCCAGGUGCUCUGGCUUCCCCCACUUGGUCCAAAAAUCACAAAAGUACUCUUGUUUUGGAGGAUUUGGAAUGAUAAGGAAGCACAUAAUUCUAAUCCUCUCAAUGUUUUAUGGUGUUUCAUUUCAGGACUACGUUCAAGAGACGUUGUCUGAAAGUUUCUUGUUAUUUGGGUCCAAAAUCACAAAAGUCUGUUUUUGAUGAGGGAAAACUAUACUGCAGCAAGAGGACAACAUAUGAAGCUCAAACUUAAUCACGUGUGAUUUUAAUUGCGUUUUUGUUUUUAAUGGAAAUACCACAACUGUUCGACAUUGGCGGAACAGUUACAGGAUUUUGUGCACAUUUGUAACGGAAACGCAGCUGAUGAUGGCAUACACACAGUUUUUCAUGAAGACCAAGAACCUCAACUGUUGUCUCAUCUGCCCAGAAUAGCUCAUUCUUCAAGUUUUGUUUGACUGUGACAAAGUGCUGCAUCCAAGAAGAACCCGUGUUUCUGAUCAUGUUGUUGAAAGUUGUGAUGAUAUAUUGUGCAGUCUUACCAUGAGAUGAUUUGAGCAGAUGAAAGAUGAAUAGCUCAUGGAAAUCAAUUAAAUGGACGAUUGGAUACACACCACCAUGACAGAGCCUGGAAACACAAACAUAUUUUACUAUAGCGUUUAUUUAUUUUCAUGUUUCUGAACAUGCUUUCAUCUGAUUCCAUAUUGUUCCAAACAGUGUAAGAAUAAAAGUGCAUCGCCGUUCCUUUAGCCCAUUUCUGCAAAUGUACUCUUGUUGCUUUGGCAGAGUUGAACUCUGGGCUUUUCUCAGCUGGCAGAAGAACUUUCAUCUGGUGGGAAAAAAAGAAAAAGAAGAAACAUGCAAAAGGAAAAACAGCAAAGCCAGGGAGGACAUGAAGGAUGUGGUGGGGAAGAUAAGCAGCAGUCGGUGGAGGGCUCUCCAUUCGUGUGGCUUUUGUUUUUACAGCUUCCUCCCGCUUCAGCCACACAGCUCACCACACCUCAGCCGCCGGAAAACAUAAACAUCUCAAAGAUGGAGUGUUUGAUAUAAAGCAAGAAGGAACAUGUCAAAGUGUGAAGGGCGUUAUAUAGCAAACCAAAUGAAGAGACUUGGCCCAAUAUAAAACGGAGCUCAACACAGUGGAAGCAUGAUGGUCAGCUACCAGUGAAAGAAACAAAUUGAUGAUUUGUGAUGACUUCUUGCAACAUUAAAACAUCACAGUUUUUGUCAAUGGCUACAAAUAGCUAAGUGUGGCCUCGUAACUGCCAGAAUGUGACUCCAUCCGGUGAAUUAAGUGUAAAUUCUUAUUAUGCCCAAUGAUAUGAAGGUGUGUGCUAAUGUUAGCUUAUGCUGUAUAUCUAAGACAGAAUGUAGCUCCUGAAAUAAACCAUAUUUGGCUGGCUGAUAAUAAUGUUACAACAGCACUAAACAAGCCUUCACAAUUUGUGUUAAAAUGUGACAUAAUACAAACGACUUGUUAGCAUUGGGAACAUACUGGCUAGCUAUUAGCCAGUAUGUUCUAAUAGUUUGCUGUUAGUAACUAUUAGUGACAGCAAACAAUUUGUUAGCACUGUGAACAUACUGACUAACUAUUAGCAGCUAACAGCAAAUGAUUUGUUAGCAUUCUGAGAAUACUGGCUAACUAUUAGUGAAACUAUUAGUGAAAUGUUAAUAAACGAUUUGUUAGCACUGUGAAUAUACUGGCUAACUAAUAGUGGCUAACAGAAAACAAUUUGUUUGCAUUGUGAAAAUACAGGCUAACCAUUAGCAGCUAAGAGCAACUGAUAUGUCAGCACUGUUGAAAUACUGACUAACCAUUCGAGGCUAACAGCAAAUGUUUUGUUAACACUGUGAAGACACUGCCUAACCAUUAGCAGCUAACAGCAAAUAAUUUGUUAGCACUGAAGAUACUGGCCCACCAUUAGCUACUAACAGUACAGUUAGCAUCUGCUUUGUGAAUUAGAAUUGGUG